GCUCCGCCCCCAAACAUGGAACUAGGUUUCUGGCCCCGCCCAGUCGCCCCGUGGCGCCUGCGCAGGCGCAGAGCAGGUGCCGGAAGUCUCGGAGGCCAAUCCCGGCCCGGCAGCCGCGCCGCUCCCAGCCUGUCCUGCUCCUUUCCGGGCUCGCCGGCGCCGGGACGAUGUUGCCUUUAUCCAUCAAGGACGAUGAGUACAAGCCGCCCAAGUUCAACCUGCUCAGCAAGGUCUCGGGCUGGUUCAGGUCCAUCCUGUCCGACAAGACCUCGCGGAACCUGUUCUUCUUCCUCUGCCUCAACCUCUCCUUCGCCUUCGUGGAGCUGCUCUACGGCAUCUGGAGUAACAGGUCUAAUAUCAGAUUCCUUUCAUAUGUUCUUUGACUGUACUGCUCUACUGGCUGGAUUAGCAGCUUCAGUCAUUUCAAAAUGGAGAUCAAAUGAUGCUUUCUCAUAUGGGUAUGUUCGAGCAGAGGUACUGGCUGGUUUUGUAAAUGGUCUGUUUCUGAUCUUCACAGCAUUCUUCAUUUUCUCUGAAGGCGUUGAGAGAGCAUUGGAGCCUCCUGAUGUGCAUCAUGAGAGACUUCUUCCUGUGUCUAUAUUAGGAUUCCUUGUGAAUCUUGUAGGAAUAUUUGUUUUUCAACAUGGAGGCCAUGGACACUCACAUGGCUCUGGGCAUGAGCACAGUCAUUCUCUAUUUAAUGGUGUUCUCAGCCACGGACACAGUCACGGAGGUCACGGUCACAGCCAUGAAUCCAAACAUGGCCAUGGGCAUUCUCAUGAUCACAGUCAUGGGAAGAGACACUCGCACAAUCAGGAUUAUUGUCAUGAUGAUCACUCUCUUGAAGGGGCUGCAGGAUCCAACAGACAGAUUUUAGAAGGUGUAUUUUUACAUGUUGUCGCAGAUACUCUUGGAAGUGUUGGUGUAAUCAUAUCAGCUCUACUGAUGCAGAACUAUGGUCUAAUGAUAGCAGAUCCUAUCUGUUCAAUGCUCAUAGCUCUACUUAUAGGAAUAAGUGUUGUUCCACUUUUAAGAGAGUCCAUUGGAAUCUUAAUGCAGCGAACUCCGCCUUCCCUGGAAAGUGCCCUGCCUCAGUGCUAUCAGAGGGUUCAGCAGUUGCAAGGAGUUUACAGUUUACAUGAUCCACACUUCUGGACCCUUUGUAGUGAUGUUUACAUAGGGGCCUUGAAACUAUUUGUAGCUCCUGAUGCUGACGCCAAGUGGAUUCUAAGCCAAACUCACAAUAUUUUUACUCAGGCAGGAGUCAGACAGCUUUAUGUACAGAUUGACUUUGCAGCCAUGUAGUGAACAUCAUAAAUUGCGUUCUUUGGACCAAAGUUUUCUGUUACUGUAAUGGUAUAAAACAUUGUACUCUUCAAGAUAGAGCCACCGCCACCCCAGUUAACCAAGACCAAAUAGACUGCUGCCUUUUGGCUACUUCUGGAGUUCACGUUUAAGGAGUAAAAACUGAAAGGAUAUGUCCUGGACUUCUGGUCUUGUCUUUUGUGGCCCCCAAACUUUUUUCAUUUUUGUGGUGGUGGUUUUCUUUUUUUUUACUUACUACAAUUGUUCCAACAGGAAACUAAGAUUGUGGGACUGCAAUUUCUGGUCAUGUCUUUAAUAAACACAAAAUUAGUUCAUAGCAAGCUGGGGUGUGAAUCUACUCUGCGCUAGUCUUCUGCAGACUAAAUGCCCAUGUGGCUCCUGUUGAUAUGCAUUAACAGUUUGUUAGUGCACUUUGAUCUAGUCCUGCUCUAAAGAGGACUAGAUCUAAGCACAUGUCAGCAGGGUCCACAUCGACCAUUAGUCUCUGGCAGGCUAGCACUGAGUAGAUUCACACCCCAGUUCACAUGAACAAGCCUGAAAGCAGCUCGUUCCCACAAAACCAGUGUUAUCAAAAAUUGGAGCGCGGUCUUGUACAUAAUGUCACAAUGGGUGGCAUUCUUCAUUAUAAUCGUAUGUUUGUAAAAUUGUUUGUACUUUGCAAACUUAAUGAACCAAACCAUAUUGGGUUUUCAAAGUGCCUUUAUAUCAGAAGAAGUAUUUGCCAGCAUCAACAUGGAACAUGAAGGGUUUUUAUUACUUUUAUGGCUACAGCUUGUUCACAGUCUUAUUCUUGCUAGUGAUGUAUGUGACUGUGUACUUGCGUACUUGUAGAUUUUAGACUCCCUUUUACUGUUGCAUCUUAUAUGAACUGGAGUUAAAUUUGUUUAAUUUACAUUACAAGUUAAAGCUAUUGUGGGGAAACUUGCUUUUAAAACAUCUGUCUAUAUGAUAUAUUGUCCUAAGAGUUGUUUUAACCAAAUUAAAUGUUCAACCCUGGGUCUAAGUCUAUGAAUGAAAGUUUUUCUCUACUGUUAUAGUAAUUGGAAAUUGUAUUGCAGUAACCAUGUUCCUAAAGUCUCCAUGCAAUAGAGAAAGGCGGUUGCAGCAUAAUGAUAGUAAUGGAAGACCUGGUUUGCUUUUAUCUUUCAAAUAUGGACUUAAUCUUUUUAUGUCAAAGCUUUGCUGUGAAAAUUAGUCUACUAGGCUUUAAUAGAAUGUUAGAGGUUGGAAGUAGUUACUACGUUUAACUGAAGAGGGGAGAGGAGCUCUUCCUGGCAAAUGUAUCUGCAGUGGAAAUGAGAACUAUUGGAUGUGCUAUGUAAGGUCACAUUCUCUUAGUUGACCUGUUUGAGUCUGACAUGAGCAUGAUCUGUCUUACCGAUGUUUUGUGUAUGUUUCCACACACACACACACAGAUUUGUACACAGAGCGUUUCCAGAAAUACCCAUAGACCAAUCUUUACUGACACUUACAUUAAUUUAUAUUUUGAACUCAAAACGAGUGUUAAAUUCCUGAGAAAUCCUACAACACGUGUACUGUAGAUGCAAUGCUUCCACUAAAAUUAGAUUACUACAGUUAUCAGUGCAAAAUUACUGUAGCCUCUCAUUCCAUUUGAAUUCAGAGACUGACCAGUAAAGAUCCUUCAAAUGUAUCUUUGAUUUCCACAUUUGAAGCUGUUGGUUAGUCUGACUAAGACACAGAGCAAGAAAAAAGAAGUCUCCUUUUUAUUAAUCGGAAAUAAAUUUUCUGUUUGAUGGGAAACUCAUGAAUUAAUAAAUUUACACUUAAUGUACAGUGGUUAGUGGAGUAAAACAAGAUAAGGAUGCUUGCUUGAAAAAUCAAACAUGGUACGAAUUCUAGGUAUUUUUCUGAUACAAAUAUCACUGUCCUUGUAACUGAUUAAAUACCUAGUACUGGGUAGUAGUAAAACCAAGGAGCAUUGUAGUUCUAAUCAGUUCAACUUUAGUCACAGUUGAUGAGCAUUGAGUAUGAUAGAGACUACAGAAAUACCUGAGAUUGAAUUGCAGGGAUGGUUUGUAUAGUGCAAUGGCUUUGCUGCAGAUGUUACUGCAUUGUUGCAGUUUUCAUAUUACAGGGAUAAGCAGCUUCUUAAAUUCAGUUUUAUUUCUCCUGUAUGACUCCCUCUGUCUGUAUUUUUAUAUAUAUAAAUGCUGCUCAAUUGCUAGUCUGUGCCUUGAGUUGAGCUCACCAGAUUGAUGCAGAUAUACGAGUGCUGAACGAACUAAUAAUUUUUAAUUUGUACAAAGUUGUGAUUCAAACCUCAAGGUAAGACCUCUUUCAUUGCUUCCAAAAUGUCAUGCACAUACAUAUACUGUGGGGUACUGUCUCUUGUUUGGGUGGUCUUUAACACAGUCUCUUUCACCUGUCACUUUGAGCCACCAUUUUAAAAGGAAGACCCAGCCUCUUUCACCUAAAUUGUACAAGCCAUAACCUCAAACUGAUUUUUUUGGGGUGAUUAUGCCUUCCAGACUUGCAGCUUCGAUUUGUUUCUGGGCUGAUGAGCAAAGCUUCCUAAUCAUCUUAAAAUACUUUUAACACUAGCCAAAUUAUUGGGGUAAGCCGCUUAUUAUGAAUGGUUUAGCUGCAUGUUAGUGGGAUGCUUUUUCAGUUGCUGUGACUUCCUAAAUGUCUUACUGCAAGUGAGCAAUUGCUUGGAUCUUACUGUUUUUUUCUCUUGUGUAUUUUAAAAGGACUCAAGGUUGUUAUAUGGCUAAUCUUCUUUGCCAAGACCAGUAUUUGACUGAGAACAUAAUCUGUUUUCUGCACGCUGAGCUUUAGUGAAAAUUGCUCUUUAAAGUACUUGUAACAAAGAUUAAAUUUUUCUUCCCUAGGAAGUUCUUUGAAACUCGGGGGAGAAGGGAAUCAGGCCCAUGGUGUCUUGCUCAUGAGAAAUGCACAUAUUUUUACAAUCAAGAUGACUAUCUUAAUCGCGUUUGGGAUGGUUUGCCAUUUUAUAGCAAGAUUCACAUAACUUCCACAUUUGUUUUUGUAAAAUGUAAUUUAAAUGUGGUGCUAGUGUAUGGAAGCCAGUUGUUUGCUGUCCAGCAACAGGAUUGUGUUGUCAUUUCAAGUACACGACUUUUCGGCUGAGCAGACUUAUUGUAAAAGAAUGUGCGAGUAAAUUGGUCAAAAGAAGGUAGAUGGCAUACCCUGCAUUUUAAGUUGGUGUAAAUUGACUCCUGUAGCAUGAAGUCCAAACAGCAUUGGUUGGGCAGCAUAGAGGCCAACAAAUGUAUUAUGUGCCUUCAGGAUGCUCUGUCCUGGACUAACUCCGGUCCAUUAUGGGGUAGGAUGCCUAUGAGGGACAGUGUCAGGCUGUCCAGCCAUCGUUUUAGGUCUUCCGGGAAGUCUUUCACCCUGCUUCCAAACAGCAUAAUUUUUUUCACCUACUAACGAACUAUAGGGUGAGCUGGAAUUAUUGAAGACUGUAGAUCAUGUGACUACUAUAAACCCCCUGAAUGUUGAAAAUCAAGGACUAGUUUCAACUGUUUUGUUUCACAUGACAUUAGAUUCUGCUUCUAAUAUACUAAUGGAGGCGUUGGUAAUCUCUUGACUUCAUCCUGAAUCCUUGCAGAAGAUGGUCUAUUUUAAGAACGAUUGGGGGGAGAAAUUACAGUAGAAUCUUGCUAAAUUUCACUUUUCUAAUUGACAAACCUGGUAACUGUCAAAAUCUCCUCAUCUAAUUCUCCAUGAAGACAUAACGGCAAGGUGCUAUAGGGAAUCUCAUUACUAGAAAUAUGUAUAAGAUUACUACCUACAAAGUUGCUUGGCAUUGAACAUAUCGUGGAGGCAAAUAGGUCAUCCAUUGGAGUUUACAAUCUAAUCCUAUAAACAGUUAAACAUGAAUAAAGGUACACACUGUGCGUGAGUGGGCCCCAAGUGAGGAGCUUAAGUAAAUCUAGUAUCCUUGCUACACUACACUAUGGGUUAAACUAGU